AUGAAUGAAUCCACCGUCUCCGGCGACUCUUCUUCCGGAAAUCCGACAACCCAUCAGAAACCAACUCUCAAGAGGAAGCGCAAUCUCCCCGGAAUGCCAGAUCCUGAUGCGGAGGUGAUUGCUCUAUCGCCCAAAACUUUGCUGGCCACAAACAGAUUCGUGUGCGAAAUCUGCAAUAAGGGUUUCCAGCGGGACCAGAACCUGCAGCUCCACCGUCGUGGCCACAAUCUGCCGUGGAAGCUCCGGCAGAGGUCCGGCAAGGACGUCAAGAAACGGGUCUACAUCUGCCCCGAGCCCGGAUGCGUCCACCACGACCCGGCCCGGGCCCUCGGCGACCUGACGGGAAUCAAGAAGCACUUCUGCAGGAAGCACGGCGAGAAGAAGUGGAAAUGCGAGAAGUGCUCCAAGAAAUACGCCGUCCAGUCCGACUGGAAAGCCCAUUCAAAGAUUUGUGGAACCCGAGAGUACAGAUGCGAUUGUGGGACUCUGUUCUCCAGGAGGGAUUGUUUUACUACGCACAGGGCGUUUUGUGAUGCAUUGGCAGAGGAAAGCUCGAAAGCCCGGACAACUGAGGCGCCCUCGAGUCCUGCAGAAGAUGAACGUAAGAGUAAAUCUGUCGACUCUGUUAAGUCGGCUUCAUCAUCUCCUCCGCCGUCCCCCGCAAUUCCUCCACACCCACCGGAAGCUUCGACACCGCCGAUUCCCGUGUUGUCCUCUGUUUUGCCGGUUAAAGGUCCAGAAUCGCCCAAAGUGACGGACCCUAAUCCAUCGACUGCACAGAAUAUCUCGGUAAUCCCUACCAUAGCAAAUAUAAAAGCAAGCUGCAAUAGCACUAGUUCUUGCAGCAGUGGAAGCUCCACCGGCAAUGUGUUGACCACAACUUUUGCUCCAUCCGCAACUUCCGGAAGCUUCCAUUCUCAAUCAACCAGUUUUGCGGAAAUGGUGUGGCCUGUAUCCCAGCCUGAUGUCCAGCCGCUGGAUCCGGUUUCCCUGUGCCUCUCCACAAAUCAUCAGGGUUCGUCAAUUUUCGAGCGCCGGCAGUAUGCCCCAGCCCCGCAGCCUGCCGUCAUGUCAGCAACUGCACUGCUGCAGAAGGCCGCUCAGAUGGGCCCAAAAUCAAACUCGUCUCUUCUUAUGGGCCUCGGCGUGAUUUCCAGCCCGGACGGGCCUGGGGGGCAUGGGCUCGAACCCGACGGCAUGUCGAUGGCAGGAGGUCUCAGUCUGGGGCUAGCGUGCGAUGGUGGGUCGGGCCUGAAGGAGCUGAUGCUGGGAACUCCUUCAGUGUUUGGGCCCGAACUGGCCACACUUGACCUACUUGGCCUGGGGAUGGCGGCGGGUGGUGGCGGGAUGUCGGGUCUGAUGACAUCCGUUGAUGUUGCCCUGCCUUUUGGCAGUGGUGAAUAUGGUGGCCAAGAUAUGAAAUGA